UGAGAGAGCGACUGGCUUUAAUUUCGUCUAUCUAAUUUCCCCAGAAUUGAAAAAACAAAAAAAUUGAAAAAAAAAAAACCCAGUAAUUUUAUACGAGCACAAAUAGCAUCUUGAAUUUUGUUACUUUUUGCUUCGUUAAUUUUAAUUCCAAGGGAAAAUGUUAGGACCUAUUUGGUUGCUCGGAAAAUUUCACUGAGAUUCUGGUUUCAUUCUAGAGUUCGAAACUUGCAGAGCUAAUUUCAAUGGCAGAGGAAGCUGGGAAUGUGAGGAGCCCUCAUUUUUUUGCGUUUUAUUCUGCUGAUUUGAGCUCUGAAAGACUGAGUUAGCCAAGUUAAAAUAUUGGUGGGUUAAUCUCGGUGUUUAUUGAAUUUUUGGAUGGUGAUGCAAUGUCAUGCUACAGAAAAUCCCAGAAAGAUUCAUGAGACACAUGGAAGGCAAAACAUCUGGGUUAGUUGCGUUGUUCGGCCCUAGCGGCAGUGCAUGGAGUGUUGAAUUGAUUGAACAGAAUGGUGGUUUGUUCUUGCAUCAUGGGUGGCCGGCAUUUGUGAGAGACCAUUAUGUGGAAUGCGGGGACUUCUUGAUUUUCAGAUACGAUGGUGAUUUGCGUUUCACCGUGCUAAUUUUUGAUCAAAGUGCAUGUGAGAAAGAGGCUGCAUUUCGUUUUGGAUACGGCCAAGACUCCAGGAACUUUGAGAAGUAUAUGUAUAUGGGACGAAAAAGGGGAAGGGAGGAGGUCGCAUCAUCUGGCAAUAAGCUGGUUGAUGGUGCGGUGAAGAAGAUUAGAAACGGUUCGUCUCAAUUCCGGUCAGAAUGCAUUGGUGAGGGUCGAGAAGAAGAAACUUGUUCCACAGAAAAAAAUCCACAUGAGAAUCCUGGUUUGGAUGUUGUUUCGUAUAAAGCAAAGGCAUCGAUUCAAAAUAUGUGUGGAAAAGGAGAUGGAUUAAAUGUUCAUGGUAGAGUUUGUAUGCAGAUGUCAUCAGCUCAUGAAGUAGCACCAUCAUUUAGCUCCUCUAACCCUUAUUUCGUGAGAAUCAUAAAAAGUUUCAACAUCAGUGGUUCAUAUACUCUGAAUAUCCCAUAUAAAUUUUCAGUGGCACAUUUACCAAACUGCAAAGUAAAGAUUGUCCUUCAAAAUUGGAAAGGAGAAAGUUGGACCGUCAAUUCUGUGCCAAGUAAUAGAGUGCAUACUAGUCACACUCUUUGUGGAGGAUGGAUGGCGUUUGUUCGUUAUAAUGACAUACAGCUGGGAGAUAUCUGCACUUUUGAACUUAUGCGUGAGUGUGAAUUCCGUGUCCACAUUCAAAAGGGAGAAACAUCUAGUUGGUUAAGUCCGGGGCUAGCUGUCACUACGCAUAAAACUAUCAAAUGCUUGUCAAAGAAAAUGAAAGGGAACUCUCCCAAAGUCCUUUCAAAGAGUAUAAGAGAGAUAGCUGAUAAACUAUCAUCAAAGAAGGAUCAAGACGCUGCUUUCAUUAAUGACACAAGGAAAUAUGGCAGCACAUCAAGAUCUCUUACUAAAGCUGCACUUGCUCAGUCAAAAGUUGCUAGUAAAAAGUUGGUUAAUCGCAGGAAAAAAGUUGUUGAAGAUGAACUAGAUUCAAAAUCAAGUGGUUUGAGAAUCAAGUUAACACUUGAUGAAGAAAGAAUAGCUCGAUCUUUCACUUCUUGUUACCCGAAUUUUGUGAAAAUCAUGAAGAAGUUCAACAUCAGUGGAUCAUAUACAUUGAAAAUCCCAUACCAGUUUUCCACAGAAUACCUCCCCAACUAUAAAACAGAGAUUGUGCUUCGAAACUCAAAAGGGGAAUGUUGGACUGUGAACUCUGUCCCAGACUCGAAAGGGCGUGUGGUGCAUACUUUUUGUGGAGGGUGGAUGGCAUUUGUACGCGGAAAUGACAUUAACAUUGGAGAUGUUUGCAUUUUUGAGCUUGUUGGUAAGGAUGAAAUGCAAGUGCACAUUUCCAGUGUUGGUAAAAAGGGAUUUGAGGCGGACAAGGAACAUCUAAUGUAGUAUAGCGAUUGUGUAAUCUACCGGAAAUGUACCUUCUUUCUGACACAUGAUCCAGCUCAACCAUCCCUUGUACGUGUUCUGUGGUGAGCUUUCCUAUUUGCGUUUUGUUUUUCUCUGAUCGUGUUCUUCAUGUCAUGGCGACUUCUAACUAAACAUUGGUAAGUGUUGUCAUCUUCAACCUAAAUCAUCCUUUCCUGUUAUGAAUAUGAAUGUUAAUAGAACUUCACUGAACAUCUUUUGUGAGCGUAGGCGCUUCUUCCUUUUCCCCCCGGACACAAUCAUGUGGUUUGUCAUCGCCUUUAAUGUGUUUUCCCCUUGGUGAAUUCAGUUUGGUAUAAUGCAUGCUGCAUUAAAGAGUAAGGUUUCUGCGUUUUUGGUAUGGAUGGAGAGUAACUGAUUUGCUGGUGUAAUGGUGUAUGCUAUACAUUUGUUUAGGGUCACUACAUUCUCAGGCAUUGUUUUUGCUUUUAAUUCUCAGUGUCACGGAGAAACUUGUAACGGUAAUCGGAUUUCACUCUUUAAAGUUUUCAUAUGAUUGGUACGGCA